AACAACUCUCGGCGAGCUAUCGACAAUUCAACUCACUCCUGUCUCCUGUCAGCAAUAUACUCCAAAAAUGACAGACGGCAAUCACAUGCCUCAAGCACCAUCGUUCCUCGGGCUGCCCGUCGAGAUCCAGACUCAGAUCCUACAACAACUGGUCUCCUCGCAUCAUGAGUCAAUCCCCGCGGUCCUGCGAACAUGCAAGCACCUCUACCGAGUCGCCUUGCCCAUGUCAGUCCACACCUACGAGAAUGCCACCUCCAAGAACAUGAGUGAGCACGCCCAGAAGCGCAGCCGCAACCUCGACUUCCUCCGCCACAUCACCAUCGCGAAGCCCGAGCUCGCGCACAACGUGCGGCGCAUCAGCAUCAUUCACGUCUCCACGAGCCUCAUCUACCGGCUCGCCCCCGCCAACAAGAGGCCGCUCGGACCCAGCAGCGAUGAGAUGGCCGUCUACACCGAUCUGAUCGACGCCUCUGGCCUGUCCGACCACAUCGACGACUGGGAGGCCGUCAGAAAGGAGUGGCUCCAGGGCCUGGCCGACGGGCUGGUCGAGCAGCAGGUCGGCCUUCUGCUGAUCGCGUGCCCGAGGGUCGAAUCGCUCAAGCUCGGGACCCCGCUGUCGCCCCGGCUGCUGCCCCGCCUCAUCAGGGCCGCCGCUGCGAACCGCGCUACGUCACCCCCCGCCAUCGGCCCGGCUCCGGGGGCGGGCCGCCCCUUGCUCGACGGCCUGCGGGAGUACUUUGGCGAGCCCGAAAGCCCCAAGAGCCUGUUCCAUUUCUUCAACAUCGGCAAGGAGUUCAUGCAGCUGCCGCGGUUGGAGUCCUUCACGUGCGUCUGCCUGUCCAACAGCGGCCCCAACGGCCACCUGUUCGACGAGGAGGCCAACCCGCCCGGCUGCUCCAACGUCCAGCACCUGACUCUGCUCGACGCCAACGUCACGAUAGAAGGGCUGCGGAGCCUCAUUCGUGCCUGCAUGGGACUGAAGUCGUUCCACUGGACUCCCGGAGACAGCACCUUCUCCGACAUGCAGAUCAAGCUGCCGGAGCUCGCCCAGGCCUUGUCGACGCAGCGCGACACUCUCCAGCACCUGCACAUCGACUACCAGGACCGCUGGCGGGGGGCGGAUUGGUAUGCCAAGCGGGAAGGCUUCUUCAUCGGCACGUCCCUGAAGGAGAUGGCCUCGCUGAAGAGCCUGCGCAUCGGCAUGGAGGCCUUUCUGGGCUUCACGGACAUGUGGAGGAUGCCCGACGGGGACCUCACGCACGAACAAUGGUCUGAGUUCGACAAGACGCCCCGGCUCAUCGACCACCUCCCUCCCAGCCUCGAGUGCCUCGAGCUUCAUGGCUGUAGAGAGGAGAUAAUACCCCACGUCCAGGAGGUGCUGGACCGGCUCCGUUCGGGGGAGAGGGUCGCGAUGCUGCGGAGGAUACGCCUGUGCUUCAACCCGUAUCUCGUGGAUCGCCGGUCAGUGAGUUUUGCCUGCGACGGCAGACCGGUUGAUUUCGAUUAUACGUUCCGUUGUCCGUCUGCGGAAAUGGGCAUGUCGCCGUUAGUUUAGUGCGUGCAGUUCUCAAGCGCAUGGUCGAUGAAUAUGGAAGAUGUUGCAGCAAUAGUAGGCUGUAGGUGCAAUUGUCCACAGAACGGCAACCAUUGAACUUUUUACGAGUGAUUUGGGGCCUGGUGUUCGGAUCGCUGCUAUCUGAUAUUUGAGCAACUGAUAGCAUACUGUCAACUACGACAAGUAUUCGGAUGGAAUGCGAGGCAGACCUGUGGAAGGGGUUACCCUUCAUCCACCAACUCUUUAAGAAAUCCUAAGGAAACAGACCUCCCAGCAGCCAAGAAAAAUGGUUUUUUUCUUUCUUCCAGAUUUCUAUCCGGUUUACAGCUUCGAGACC